UAUAUACAAUUCUGUAUUUAAUACUUAUUCACUUUUAAGUUGUAUAAUAGUCAUUAUUUUACCAUUUUUACAUGUUACCAUGUUGUAAUUAUUUGGCAAGAAAUUCUUUGGAUGAAAUAGACACACUUUCUUCUACUGAUAUUAGAUGCCAAUGGACAAAAUUAAGAGAACCAUCACUGGAACAAUUUAAACCAGUUCCCAUUUCCAAAUUUUGUUGUGUUGGAAAUAGUAUUGAUUGUACAUUAUCGCAAUCUAAAACAUCUAUAAGAUCAGCACUUAUUUCAGCUGCACCUUAUUCUGCCAUAGCACUGCAUUCAAAAGGAAGAAAAUCAUUCGAAUUAAGUAGUGAUGUUUCCUCAGCUGAAAUUCAUGAUGAACCUUUUCAAAUUAUAAGCAAUCAACUUCUUGAUUUGAUAUCUGAAUAUUCAGUUUUAAACUUGGGUGAUUGUUGUCAAAAAGUGUAUGAUUGUAAAGUGGCACUAAAAAUGCCUCCUUCAAAAAUUAGAAAUUUAUCUUUAAAUGACAAUUCUUUUUGGCACCAAAUUCGCCAAUUUAAAAUAACAGGUAGUCGUUGUCAUUCCCUUUAUACCUAUUAUAUGUCUUCUAAUAAAUCUGACGAAAAAUGGUCUAAAAAAGCAAGCAGUUAUUUUUGGCCAAAGUCAUUUUCAAAUAAAUUUGUUAAGCAUGGAAUAAAGUAUGAACAAGUUGCUAGAGUGUUGUAUGCUGAAACAACUAAGCAAAAAGUAAUUCAAUCUGGUUUCGUUGUACACUACCAAACUCCUUGGCUUGGAUAUUCACCGGAUGGUAUAGUUUUGGAUGGCUCAAAUGUUCCAAUAAAAUUAUUGGAAAUUAAAUGCCCAUACUUAGGAAGUAGCAAAAGUGUACCUGAGUUAAUAAAUGAUUUGAAAUAUAUAAUUAAAAACUCAGAUGGUUCUUUUUCUUUAAACAAAAGGGAUGCAUAUUAUGCACAAGUUCAAUUGGGACUUGUCAUGUUAAAUCUUGAAACUUGUGAUUUUGUAAUAUAUAGUAGCUUAGAACAUAAGUAUAUUAUUCUGAAGACAGAUUUUGAUUAUGAGUAUUGUAAAAAAAUGUUAUGCACAUUAAAAAUUAUUUAUUUUGAAAAGUUAAUACAUGACAUUUGUAAUAUGGAUAUAGUUGUACAAUAA